CCUUGCAGGAAAUAGAAAGUGAAAUUGAAAGCUAGCUGCCAUCCCUUGAGUCCCUUGAAAAGGUCCAUUGCCGUUUUUGAAGAUUAAUGAAGAUGUGGGCAAAGCAUGUUGCACCUUCUCUGGCACAUGGAAGGCUCAUGGUCAAUGGUCACUAUUUUUAUGGAUGGAAAAAGCCUGGGCACUGAGAGUUUAAGCAGAGAUGGACAUGAUGGAAGUAACAGCCCUAUCUCUGAGCUUCCCGACAGUUGUCACUGUCUUUUUUGGGGACCCAGUUAUCCCUUCUAUUUGACUGGAUCAAUGAACAUGACUGUGAAGGAGAAGGUCUUAUUAUUCAGGUUAUCUCAAGCUCUCCACAGUGCUGCUUAAUAGGCACAUUUCCCCAAUGGCCUCAGCAAUUCCCUUGGCAAUGAUGUGGGAGGAAGCCACGUGCCCUAUAUGCCUGGAUCCCACAGUGGUGCCAGUGAGCAUUGACUGUGGCCACAGCUUCUGCCAGGAAUGCAUCACUCAAGUCGGAAAAGAUGGGGGCGGGCCCUGUCCUGUGUGCCGGAAAAAAUUCCUGCUCAAGCACAUCCGGCCCAAUCUCCAGCUAGCCAACAUGGUGGACAACCUAAAACAAAUCAGCCAAGAUGCCCAGAAGGGCACAAAGGGGGAGCUCUGUGAGGUGCAUGGAGAGAAACUUCACCUAUUCUGUGAGAGAGAUGAGAAGCCUCUUUGCUGGGUAUGUUCCCAGUCCCGGAAACACCGUGACCACCCCAUGGUCCCAAUUGAGGAGGCUGCUCAGGAGUACCAGGAGAAGCUCCAGAUGGCGUUAAAGAAACUGAGAAAAGAGCAAGAGUGUGUUGAGAAGCUGGAAGUGGAUGUUGCAAUGAAGAGAACAGCCUGGAAGAAAAAGGUUGAGACACACAAGUUGCGACUUCACGCAGAGUUCGAGCAGCAGAGAAACUUCCUGGCUGAAGAGGAACAGAGGCAACUACAGAAGCUAGAGAGGGAAGAGGGGGAAGAGCUGAAGAUCCUGGGGGAGACAGAGACCAAGCUGACCCAGCAGAGCGAGGCUCUGCAGGAGCUGAUCUCAGAGCUGGAGAGGAGAAGCCGGAGCUCAAAGCUGGAGCUGCUGCAGGAGGUGAAAAAUGUCCUGGGAAGGUGUAAGUCCUGGAACCUGGAACAGCUGAAUGUCGUCUCCCCAGACCUGAGAAGUGUGUGCCAUGUGCCAGGGCUGAAGAGGAUGCUGAGGACGUGUGGAGUACACAUCACUCUGGAUCCACAUACAGCCAAUCCAUGGCUCAUCAUUUCAGAGGAUCAGAGACAAGUGUGGUUUGGAGACACCCAGCAGAAGGUGCCUAAAAAUGAGGAGAGAUUUGAUAGUUAUCCCAUGGUCCUAGGUGCCCAGCGCUUGGACUCCGGAAAAGUUUACUGGGAGGUAGAUGUGACAGGAAAGGAGGCCUGGGACCUGGGGGUUUGUAAAGACUCUGUGCAGAGGAAGGGGCAUUUUCUGCUCAACCCCAUGAAUGGCUUCUGGACAAUUUGGCUGUGGAACAAACAAAAUUAUGAGGCUGGCACCUGCCCGCAGACUUCCCUGCAACUUUCAGUGCCUCCACGCCAAAUUGGGAUCUUCCUAGACUAUGAGGCCAACACUGUCUCCUUCUAUAAUAUCACUGACCAUGGCUCCCUCAUCUACACCUUCUCUGACUGUGCCUUUACUGGACCCCUGCGGCCUUUCUUCAAUCCUGGUUUCAAUGAUGGUGGAAGAAACGCAGCCCCUCUGACCCUCUGUCCUCUGAGCGUGGGAUGAUAGGGGUCCACUGACUUGAGGGCUCCCUCUGGCCAGACACCCCUUUUGAUGACACCCCCUCCUCAGUCACUGACCCUGCAUUCUAAACCACCUGUGUCUCUGCAGAGGUGUCAGGAUACCAACAAGCCAACUUUGACAAGGAGGUCACUGAACAUCUAUGUCAAAUGAUCUUCAAUAUCUAUAUCCCUGCCCUAGGUAGCUUAUAAUUCCCUCCAUGAAAUAAACUACUUAUAUUUUGGUCCAAAUUCAUCUGAAUCAACAAAAACAUUUCUGCCUUCUUUAUGUGACUCAAGUUUUGUUCUCUACACCCCAUCUCUAGGCCUUUGCUCAGAUCUCUAUUUUAUCAUGCAUGAUUUGCAAAAGUAUUUCCUAAAUAAAUUUCAUCUCAACCUACCCCAUUCAAUCCUUCAAUACAUAUCUGGGAUACUCUCCAACAUGCGCGCAUCUGGAUCAUAGGUGACUCCACACUACCUAUAGAAAACAGCCACAUUUAUUUAAAGAAAAACUGAAUUAUGCAUACCUUAGAUUGCCAAAUUAAAUAUCUGUCCCCUUUCCCACCAUUAUCUCCCACCCAUAUCUUGUUGAUAAUUCAAUUGAUUAAAGGGCAUAUCAAU